CUGGUACAUGGAACACCAUCUUUGACUUGAACUCUUAAACUAAUAUUAAAGACAAUUGAUAACCACAAACAAACCCAUUUUAACUUAUAUACUCCCAUAUUUAUUUUGUCCACUCAUACUUCCUAACCCUUCACUCCUAACAUCUCAAUGGCAGAAACAACAAAAAGGUAUGCAGUUGUUACAGGGGCAAACAAAGGAAUAGGAUUUGCAGUAUGCAAACAAUUGGCUUCUAAAGGGAUCACUCUUGUGCUCACAGCAAGAGAUCAAAACAGAGGUCUCGAAGCUGUUGAGAAGUUGAAACAGAUUUCUCUUCCUGGCCUUGUGGUUUUUCAUCAACUUGAUGUCACAGAUCCUGCAAGUAUAACAUCAUUUGCAGAUUUUGUCAAGAAUCAAUUCGGAAAACUUGAUAUUUUGGUAAACAAUGCUGGAAUUCCUGGAGUUCACAUUGACAGUGAGGCUCUGGCUGCUGCUAACAUUGUGGAGGGAAAUCGUGGCCAGAUUGAUUGGAGUAAAAUACUAACUGAGAGCUAUGAACAAACCGAAGCAGGUAUUAAAACAAACUACUACGGAGCAAAGGAAUUAACCGAAGCACUUAUUCCCCUUCUCCAGCUUUCAAGCUCACCAACAAUUGUCAAUGUUUCAUCAUCCAUGGGAAGAUUAGAGAAUAUUCCGAACGGAUGGCCUAAGGAAGUGCUGAGUGAUGUUGAGAAUCUUACUGAAGAAAAAAUUGAUGAAGUAUUGAACCAAUUUCUAAAGGAUUUUAAAGAGGGUUCAAUAGUAGAAAACAAAGGUUGGCCUAUUAAUAUGUCUACAUAUAUCAUCUCGAAAGCGGCUCUAAGUGCCUACACAAGAGUUCUGGCUAAAAAGUUUCCGUCAAUACGCGUCAAUGCUGUUUGUCCUGGCUAUGUGAAAACAGAUAUAAACUACAAUACAGGUCGUUUAACACCUGAUGAAGGCGCCGAGUCGAUUGUGAGGUUGGCAUUGUUACCUGAGAAUACUUCUGGCUUCUUUUUUGUUAGAAAUGAAGAGAAACCAUUUUGAUCUUAGAGAACAAAAUGUGAUGGAUAUUUGAAGGGAAGUUAUGAGGUGAAGAGAACUACUUUGUGUUGAAAAUUUUCUACUUGUGUUGUACUAAAGAGAAUAUAAGUUCACUUUGUCACCUUAGCGUAAUUAAUCAUUGUGCCUCCUCUACUAUAUAAACAGCUCGAAGCUUUAGUCUUAACAUAUCAGAAAAUAAACUUUACAUUAUUGCAUCUUA